CACUGUGGAAAUCCACAACCUCAGUCUCUCCUCCCAGCCUCCAGGUCAUGGUUCAGACAGCUUUAACAACACAGUCUAGAGAGGCUUCCUGAUAAAAAUUUCUUUGUCAAACAUGUGAGGUGUAAGAGUCUGAUGCCUAUUUCAUCCUAGGACAUUGUAGUCAUGCCUUCUGUGUGUUGUCAUUGAGCUGUAGGGUUGGCUUUGUUCCACAUCUUUGAGAGGCCAAAGGCUACAUAUGUAGCCUGUCUGAGAUCCACUGAGGGGCUGGAAUAUCUGUGCCCCUUGGCAGCCAGAAUGGGUGUGCACCAGCCAGGAGGGUAGAUAGCAUGGGGCUGCCCCAAGCAGGAAUUCUAUCUGAUAUGAGUCUUUGUGAGUCUGGUUGGGGAAUCUGAGGCAGGGUUCACCAGUGGUGGCCAGAAAGAUUGACUCCAGCCUGGUGGGUCUCUCGUCCCUCCACCUCCACGAUUGCCAGCCAUCUGCCAUGUACAAUGAACACAGACCUUUCACCCUCCCAUUCUCGCACCCUGCCAUCAGGGCCAGACCUGUCAUUUGCUUUUGGAAUCUCACUUCUUGCAAGGAGAUGCGUCCUGCUGGACCCACUCCCAAAGAUCCUUGGGUCCAGGUCCUCUGUGCUAGGCCUUGUGGUAUCCUACAGGCCCCUGAGCCACUGUCCACCCCUCCUGGACUCCUUCUUUCUCCUCUGCUUUGGUACACACUUUUGCGUCACCCCCAUCUUACUUUCCCCCAGAGUGGCUUCCAUGAGGGUCCCUAGGUCACAGCCUCGGUUUGCCCAGAUGUGCAAUGCAGACAAUCCCCACUCUGAUAGCUCUUCUCAGGAACCCAUGGUAUUCAGGAGCAAGGGCAUCUGUCAAACAUCUAGUGGGUACUCAGCAAGUCAUAUCCAACCUUUUCUGCAUCUUGGACUGAAGCUCCUGGAGUUCUGACCCCUUGAGCUGGGCCUGAUGCCCUAUCCCAUUUCCUAACCAGUCUCCUCCCCACUUAACCAUUCUUUUCACCUGUGCGUUUGGCCCCUGCUAUCCCUCACUUCCUCCACCGUCCUCAAAUCCACCCCUCCUAGUACUGAGGUCUGGUCAGUGCCCUCCACCCAGGUCCUUUAGGAGCAGCAACCAUGAUUACCUGCUUUCCCCCUUGUCUUGGCCUUUACAUUUAUCUCCCCCAAACAUCUGUGGUCAUGUUGGACCUUGGCCUGUCAGGCUAAUCCUUCUGCUCUUUAUCCCGAACAGGCUGAGUGUAAAAGUGUCCUUGAGCUCUCUGGGUCAAGAUGAUGAAUUGAACACAUACAUUUCACUUGGUUCAGAAACCCACUGAAGGUACAGAGAUGAGAGUGUUUAAAAACAUAAACCCACAAGUAUAAGGAUGGUGGAAGAGGUCAACAGCAAUGGCAUUCUGAAACUAGAAGUGGAUGUGGGAUCUAUCUCUGAUUUAGAGAAAGCUAAAUACUGAUUUGGUACUGGGGGAAAUGGACAGAGGUCCCCUAAGGCCUCUACUGCAGAACUCCAGAAGGCUUGAAAACCAGCAGCCCCCUGGGAGAGGAGUCCUAAAACAGGACUAGAAAGAGAGCUACUGAAGCUGUUAGAACACCAGUUCUUCCCCGUAGAGUGGUUGGUGGAAGAGUCGUUUCUGGGGAAUCCACACAGAGAAACGAUCUAAGUCCCCACAAAACAGCCCAGUCUGAUAACAUUACUUAGAAGAGUUGACAAGUCCCAGCCAUGCACAUGGUCAGAGCUUCCAAUUGGUGUGUAAGACCAAUGCUGUUUAUUGAGUGCUUGUAGCCAGGGAUUACUAGGUAUCACAAGAAAUCAAAACACGCAUAUGCAAAUUAGGAUUGAAUAAGUCACUGUUCAACUACUUGAUUCCUGGAGGCAAAAUACCCCUUUCCACAGUGAUUUUAACAAACUAACUUUGUCUACUGAGAUUUAAACUAAAGAUCAUUCUUACUAGCUUUGGUACCCAAAGUAAAAAGUUAGCGUCCCAUAACUGGAUGGAAACCAUCCCUCACUUUGCAGUACUGGCAUCUGAAGACACGUCUGAGACUCUGAGGGUAUAUAAAUCAUGGGACAGCUUCUUGAUGUGUAAAUGAGUGUUCCCUGUUCCUUGUUCCCGCAUGUCCCCAGCAGAGGUCGAAUGGAGGACCCCAUCAGGGGACUCACUGGAGUCAUGCUCGAGAGGUGGCAGAGGUCGACAGAUCAGGCUGUCUUAAUGGGUCGGAGUCGGCUUCCUUCAGGGACCGCCGGGAGGCGAGUCUCUGCCAAACCAUACUACCCAGGCCAUCACUUCCGGCCUCCCAGGAGGACAGGGUGACGCUCUGGCCGUUGCCUUGGAAACGGAUGGUGGCGGGCUGGUGUCCUCUAGCGGUUACCAAGAGGAUUGCUCCGCGACAAGAACUAAGCCACAAGAGGGGGCUGGGGAGGGGCGGAGGUGGGGUGCUAGCUCUGAAUGGCCAUAAGGUCACGCUCCUCCCCCCACCUCACUUGCCAAUAGGAGCCGGGUCCGCUGUGCACAUGCGCAGGAUCCUAACGUACCCUCCAUCACGGCUGUUGGUCUCUUUUGUUGGCUACAAGAAGACACCCAGUACAACAAUGCCAUCCCCACUGGGCCCCCCACGCCUGCCCUCUGUGGACCCUGUGGCCACUCUGGAGGAGCCCGAGGCAGCACGCCUGCGUUUCCGGGGAUUCUGCUACCAGGAGGUGGCAGGUCCCCGUGAGGCCCUGGCGCGGCUGCGAGAACUGUGCCGCCAGUGGCUGCGGCCGGAGGCAUGCUCCAAGGAGCAGAUGCUGGAGCUGCUGGUGCUGGAGCAGUUCCUGGGCACGCUGCCCCCUGAGAUCCAGGCCUGGGUGCGGGGCCAGCGGCCAGGCAGCCCUGAGGAGGCUGUAGCCCUGGUCGAGGGCCUACAGCAUAACCCUGGGCAGCUGCUGGGCUGGAUCACAGCCCAUGUCCUGAAGCAAGUGGUGCUCCCAGCGGCACAGAAGAUAGAGGAGUCCUUGGGGAGACCCCAGCCUUCAGGGACAGUGGAACUUCUCAGGGCAACCUCUGGGGAGGAGCCACAGGACACCCAGAUGGAGGGGUCUCCCCAGCUCAGCUGCAGUGUGAAGGAGGAGCCUGAUGCUGAUGGGCAGGAGAUGGCACCUUCCAGCCCCCCACAUCCAUCCCAGUCCCGCGAGGGGUACCCAGGACACCGGGAACCAGCCGCCACCUCCUUCCACCCACCCAGGAUUCAGGAGGAGUGGGGGCUACUGGACCGGUCACAGAAGGAACUGUACUGGGACGCGAUGCUGGAGAAGUAUGGCACGGUGGUCUCCCUGGCAGGGUUACCGGCCCCCUUGCCAGAGGCACGGGUUGAGUCGGAGCCAGGGGUACUGCGCUCGGGGACAGAGGGUCAAAGAAGCCUCCACCCGGGUGAGUGCUUCUCCAUGCGAUCUGAACCGCCUGUUGCCUGGUGGAGUGGGAGCUUGUCUGCCCCCACACACCUGGUGGGAGGGGAUGGGAUUGUCAAGGACGCUGGGCUACCUGGGACUGCCAACUCUCCUUCCCCAGGAGAUGAGAGUGAGAGUCACUGUGAGGGUCCACCCCGCUGCCCAGAGGCCCAGCCACCCCAGGGCCCCAGGCCUGUCACCUGGGAGGGCCCAUCUGGGGCCUCCGUCUCCACCAGGGCUACACCGGGAGCAGGGCUGGAGGCCGGUGCCCCGCGGAGGAAGCCUUACACCUGUGAGCUGUGCGGCCGAGGCUUUGAUUGGAAAUCGGUGUUUGUCAUCCACCACCGGACGCAUGCGGAUGGGCAGGCCACGCGGGCCCCGGUGCUGGCUGUUGGGGGUGCUCAGAAGCUGCCACCAGGUUCCCGGGAGCCGGGCACACCACGCCACCUUCGGCGUGCACUCCCAGGCCCCCGGAGCUAUGGGUGUGAGGAAUGUGGGCGCAGCUUCAGCUGGAAGUCUCAAUUGGUCAUCCACCGCAAGAGCCACGCAGGCCAGCGGCGCCACUUCUGUGGCGACUGUGGCCGCAGCUUCGACUGGAAGUCCCAGCUGGUCAUCCACAGGAAGAGCCACCGGCCGGAGGCCCCAUGAGUGGCUCCAGAAGGCAGCCUCGUCUUGGGAGCCUUGCAGCCUCCAGAUCCUGGACACAGUUCCUGGCAAUCUGGUUCCAGCCUUCCUUGGGCUGCUUGGUCUCUGUGUGAGACAUGUGGAGGCAACAGAGGAUAUUGGUGAAUCAGAGUUCCCAGGAGAGUCCCCUGACCCCAGUUCAGUCUCCCCAAAACAGCCACCUGGGUGUAAGUAAAAGAAGCCACUGCUCCCUCAAUAGCCUAGCGAGGCCUGGGCUGCAAUAAACUGCCUAAGCUGAGUGACUUCCAAGCUCCGAGGUCCCCAGCUGUGACCUGAUGCAGGUGGACAGGUUAAGGACUCUCCUUACCCCUGGGACCUUGUUGGCCCCAGGUGGCUGCUCAAAAACUGCCCUUUCUACCCCUUCUGAAGCUGCUGGGCCUGAUGUCUUGGCGUAGACGGUCCAGAAAGCUCAGGAAAGCAUGGCUUGCUUUGUUUGCAGACAGAUGGAAAACUCAUGGCUCUCUACAUUUUAGAUUUGUAACAAAUUGCAUUUUUAUAAUGGGAAGUUUCUACAUAAGAAUCCUGAUCUCUGCUUUCUUGCUGGCCAUAAUAUCAGCAAUGGCACUUCUCCUGCCUGGCAGCUGGAGCCACAGAGCAGGCCGUACCCACCAGAAGGGCCAGCAGUCCUGGUAUCCUGCCCCACCUUGUUCCUGAGCCACCCACAUCACUCCCUGGCCUCCUUGUCCUUGUCCUUUGAGCCCUUGAGUCCCAGCUUGAGUGGACACUAAGGGGACCUCCUUUGCAAGUAUGGAUGGACAAGGAGGGUGGUCUCUGAGAAAAGGGUCCACAGAUGUCUCAUAGGCCAUGUGAUUUAAAAGUAGUUGGUGUUCACUUAGAAAAAAUUGAAAUCUAAAAGAGGGCAAAGAUUAUGAAAAUGACCCCUCAUUCCACUGUCUGAUAGCAGUGCUUAUUCCAGGUGUUUGCAGGAGUGUUUUUGUUAAUGUUUAUUUAUAUUGAGAGAGAGCAAGUGAGCAGGGGAGGAGCAGAGAGAGGGAGAGAGCAGAUCCCAAGCAGGCUCUGCACUGUCCACACAGAGCCUGAUUUGGGGCUCGAACUCAGGAACUGUGAAAUCAUGACCUGAGCCAAAAUCAAGAGUCUGAUGCUCAAGUGACUGAGUCACCUGGGCACUCCAAGGGUGUUUGAUAAAGCUUCUUGUGGAGAUACUGUGUAUGUCAUGCUUUUCUCACUCCCUCAUUUCCCUGUUAUUAAAAACAUGUUUUUUAAUGCGUGGGUGAAAAUUCCCCGUCUGUCCAGCACUAUCAUUUCUACCAAGCCCAGAUAUUUCAUUUUCUGCCUCAUGGUGUCCAAUAUUGUGAUGCACACUCCUGAGCAUACUCUUUGGAUGCAACUCUGGUUAUUUUCUUUUGUUUGUUUGUUGUUGUUGUUGUUUUCUCUUUGUUUUGUUUUGUUUUUGUUUUUGUUUUUAAGUAUGCCCAAUGUGGAGCUUGAACUAAUGACCCUGAGAUUAAGAGUUAUGCACUCUAGCAACUGAGACAGCCAGGCGCCCCAAUUCUGGUUAUUUCCUUAGAGUAAAUCUCUCAAAGUGGGAUUGUUGAGUUUUAGGAAACAUGGGAUUUUUGUUUCAUUUUGUUUUUCCCUUGAAACAACACUGGAUUCCUUGCCCCAAUUCCAAGUCCUCUCCUCCCCCCACAACACCAAGAAGUUCUCCAACAAAAAAUAUUUUUUAACUCAAAAUCAAUAAGAAAAUGACUAAAAACCUAUUAUAAAUGUGGAUAAAAGCUGUGAAUCAGUAAUUCACAUCAGAAAAAAACUUGAUUGGACCAACAAACCAGAAAAGACAUACAUGCUUAGAAGUAAUCAGAGAAAUACCAGUGCUGAGAAGGCAGGGCCUGGCCUGCUGUGUUUACAUAACCUGCUCCUGGCAUUAUGCUUGGUAUUCUGGUAUUCGUAGCAUGGCCAAUGUGAAUAAUUAAGAUACAAAUCUUAAAUAAUAUGAUGGGUUUCUCAGUCUUCAAAAUAGCAAAUAAGAACCCUGACAAUAACAAAUAUUGGUGAGGAAGCUCAGAACUGGAACCUGUAAAUAUGAUGAGCUAUCACUCUUGUCAUUGGGUUAAGUUGACCUUAAAAUAUGGAAAUGAUCCCAGUAGGUGUGGCCUAAUCACAUGAACCCUUUUAAAGCAUGGAGUUUUCUCUGGCUGGUGGCAGAAAAGAGAGUCCAAAAGAGUUGAAGCAUGAGAAGAAUUUGAUAUGCAUUGCUGGCUUUGAAGAUAGGGGAACAACAUUGUGGCCUCUAGAAAGUAAGAACAACCCCUGGCUAAACAGCCAGCAAAGAAACAGAGACCUCAGUCCUACAACCAUAAGGAACUGCAGUCUGCCAACAGCCUGAAUGAGUUUGGAAGCAGAUAAUUCCCAGGUCCUCCAGAUAAAAGCCUAGCCCAGGCAACAUCUUGAUUUCAGCUUUGUGAUACUCUGAGCAGAGAACCCAGCCACUAUCUCCCAGACUUCUGACUUCUAGAACUGUGAGCUAAUGAAUGGAUGUUGUUUUAAGCCACCAAGUUUGUGGCAAUUUGUUAAACAGCAUAGAAAACUAAUACAAUAAUGUAUCAUUAAUGGGUUUAGUACUGUUCAUAGCCAAAGGUAGAAAACGGGCCUGUAUCCAGUGAUGAAUGGAGUGUGGAGUGAAAUGGUGAUAGUGUUUUUCAAUAAAAUUUUUAAGAAUAAGAAAUGAAGCACGUAAUGAUUUUGGAAAACUUUGGCAGUAUCUACUACAACUAAAUACAUGUGUACUCUGACUCAGCAAUUCCACUCCUGGGUAUGCACCCA